AUGUUAAAACGGGCAAUUGUAUUUGCAGUUAUAUCUGCGUUAUUCGCGGAAACAAUAUGUCAUCCAACUUACGAAUUUCCUUAUCAUCGAGAGACAAGCAGCCCACGCACUUCCAGUGGUGCAAGAGGAGGCAUCAUUGGCCAUAAACCCUACAAAGAUCCAAAACCAACCCAUCCCGGAUACAAUCGGCGCAAUGUAAGAGAUACUUUCAACCAUCCACAGUUCCUGUUAGACAGGCAAGAGCCACAAUCACGUGUCGCCAGGAGUGUGGAGCAAUUCGGAGCUCUCGAUAGCCAGGAGACACUGUCACGUGUCGCCAGGAGUGUGGAACAAUUCGGAGCUGCCAGUAAGGAACACCUCGAUAGCCAGGAAAUACUGUCACGUAACGCCAGGAGUGUGGAACAAUUCGGAGCUGCCAGUAAGGAACACGUAGAUAGCCAGGAAAUACUGUCACGUGUCGCCAGGAGUGUCGAGCAAUUCGGAGCUGCCAGUAAAGAGCACCUCGAUAGCCAGGAAUUACAGUCACGUGUCGCCAGGAGUGUUGAGCAAUUCGGAGCUCUCGAUAGCCAGGAGACGCUGCCACGCGUCGCCAGGAGUGUUGAGCAAUUUGGAGCUGCCAGUAAGGAACACCUCGAUAGCCAGGAAGCACUGUCACGAGUCGCAAGGAGUGUGGAGCAAUUCGGAGCUCUUGAUAGCCAAGAGACGCUGUCACGUGUCGCCAGGAGUGUGGAGCAAUUCGGAACUCUCGAUAGCCAGGAGACGCUAUCACGUGUUGCCAGGAGUGUGGAGCAAUUUGGAGCUGCCAGUAAGGAGCACCUCGAUAGCCAGGAAGCACUGUCACGUGUCGCCAGGAGUGUGGAGCAAUUCGGAACUCUCGAUAGCCAGGAGACGCUGUCACGUGUCGCCAGGAGUGUGGAACAAUUUGGAGCUGCCAGUAAGGAACACGUGGAUAGCCAGGAAGCACUGUCACGAGUCGCAAGGAGUGUGGAGCAAUUCGGAGCUCUUGAUAGCCAGGAGACGCUGUCACGUGUCGCAAGGAGUGUGGAGCAAUUCGGAGCUCUCGAUAGCCAGGAGACGCUGUCACGUGUCGCCAGGAGUGUAGAGCAAUUUGGAGCUGCCAGUAAAGAGCACCUCGAUAGCCAGGAAGUACAGUCACGUGUCGCCAGGAGUGUGGAGCAAUUCGGAGCUCUUGAUAGCCAGGAGACGCUGUCACGUGUCGCCAGGAGUGUGGAGCAAUUCGGAGCUGCCUAAUUACUAGGUACAGCGUGUUAUGUUUACUAGCUUCCAGUUUUGUAGAAUAUUGGAUAUUAGGUAUUGGUAUUCAAAUAUCACUCGAUAUUGUAAUAACUACUGUAUAACCAUACUUCAGAAAAAUAAAUAGCUGUUUUCUCA